AUGGAGAUGGGGUGGUGGGGGUUUGGCUUGCCGGAGAAGGAAGAAAGCAAAAGGCCGAGCUGGUACUUGUCUGCUACAGUGGAAGAGUUCCAUGGAUGCAGAAGUAAGCCUGCACGUGGUGAGAGUAGCCGCAAUCAAUCCCCUCUUCUUCCUGGACUCCCCGAUGAUCUUGCUAUUGCUUGCCUAAUUCGGGUCCCAAGAGUGGAGCAUCGUAAGCUCCGCCUAGUUUGCAAAAGAUGGUACCGUCUUCUGGCUGGCAACUUCUUUUACUCUCUCCGUAAGAGCAUUGGCAUUGCCGAAGAAUGGAUAUACUUGAUUAAAAGAGAUCGAGAUGGGAAAAUAUCUUGGCAUGCCUUUGACCCUGUAUACCAGCUAUGGCAGUCCCUUCCUCCUGUCCCUAAGGAAUAUUCUGAAGCUCUUGGAUUUGGUUGUGCUGUACUCGGUGGCUGUCACCUCUAUCUGUUUGGAGGAAAGGACCCUCUAAAGGGAUCAAUGAGACGAGUCAUUUUUUACAGUGCCAGGACCAAUAAAUGGCAUCGUGCCCCAGAUAUGCUUCGCAGGCGACAUUUUUUUGGCUCGUGUGUUAUAAAUAACUGCCUCUAUGUUGCUGGUGGAGAGAAUGAGGGGGUGCAUAGGUCCUUGAGAUCAGCAGAAGUCUAUGAUCCCAACAAGAAUAGAUGGUCCUUCAUUUCAGAUAUGAGCACUGCAAUGGUGCCUUUCAUUGGGGUUGUCUACGAAGGCAAAUGGUUCUUAAAGGGGCUCGGGUCUCAUCGACAAGUCCUGAGUGAGGUCUAUCAACCAGAAAAUGACAGCUGGUACUCUGUGUAUGACGGAAUGGUUGCAGGCUGGCGGAACCCCAGUGCUUCUUUAAAUGGGCAUCUCUAUGCUUUGGAGUGCAAGGAUGGCUGCAAACUCAGAGUUUACGAUGAGGCAACUGAUUCUUGGAGCAAGCAUAUCGACAGUAAGAUACAUUUGGGUAACUCUAGGGCCUUGGAGGCAGCUUCCCUGGUUCCCCUUAACGGUAAACUUUGCAUCAUCCGAAAUAAUAUGAGUAUUUCACUUGUUGAUGUUUCGAAAUCAAAUGAUGCUGGUGGAGCAAGUGCUGAACAUCUGUGGGAAACUCUAGCAGGCAAAGGGCAGUUCAGGACAAUGGUCACAAAUCUGUGGUCAAGCCUUGCCGGCAGAAACCGCCUGAAAAGUCACAUAGUUCACUGCCAGGUUCUUCAAGCUUAGAACUGUAAAUUGUAUCGAAAAUCAAAGGUGCUUUCUUUAGUUUAUAUGUUUUUGGAUUAAUGGACCAUAAAUGUUAUAUGUAGAAAAAGCCUAAGGAUCGCCAUAUUAUAUGGUAUACUCAUAUAACAUGGCGAUCCUUGCUGGGUGGUCAAAGAUGCUUAUUUUUGUCUUUUGUUACAAACUUCUAUAUGAAACACAGGUUACUAAAUUUCCAUCCUGUUUGUUGUAUUGCUGCAAGUGAUUUAUGACGAUGGUCUCAUUGCUAUGUAUUCGACAAAUUUAAUCAAGAAGAUUCUCAAAACUGUUGACAUGAA